AUGGAUGGAAAUACAAAAAUCGAAACUUUCUUGGAUUCUUUUAUAAGUAACGGCAAUGCUACUCAAGAAGAAGCAGAUAAAUUAUUUACUUGUUCUUGUUAUAUUAUUCCUGCAUUAGGCUCAGUGUCUCUCUCUGAUUCAGGCCACAUACAGAGGUUAAGGGAACAGUUUGGUUAUAUCCCAAGAUUAGGAGAAAUUGGUGGCAUAACUUAUCAAGAGGAAGCAUUUACAAACUUUGAAGGUGUUGAUGUGAAUAGUGUAGAUGAAAUUCAGGUGUUAUACAAACCAGAAGGUGCAUCAGCCUGUCUAUUUGGUGGUGACAAGUUUUGGGACACUGUCAAGAGAGUUCUACAGGGUGGUGGUCUCCACAUUGUUGCUUUUGCAUCCUAUGGAUAUUGGGGAGCAUAUAGUGGACCAGGCUAUCUUAAAACUAUAUCCCCUUUUGACUUAGAUGAAAUUAAUACUUGGAAUUUUGAAGAUGUUCAGUAUCCUGAACAAGAGUAUGCAGAUUUCUUUGAUCAAACAUAUGCAUGUCAAGAAGUCAUAGUGACAUCUGAAGAAGAACAACAACUUAUUGACAAAGUCUUGUUCCAACCUGGUGGUAUUGACACUUGCAGUGCAGUUGCAGACCGUCUGAUCAAAACAAAUGUCCUUUCAGACUUCCAUCAAGAAUAUUAUUUGAGAAAGAGGAAACUUGACUUCACAUCACCACUAGUCCAUGUAGCUUAUCUUCAGGAACAUCUUGGAUCUAGAACCCAUGUGCACACUUUACCAAAUCCUUUUGAAGGUUUUAUCAAGAAGAGAGCAUGGCAAAUGGAGUUUUACCAUGCAGCAAUACAACUGCUUCCAAAAGAUGUACAUAUCUCUCCAGAUGUUGGUGCUGUUUUUGCUUCAGAUGGCUGGAUGAUGAAGGAUGAUGGGCUACAUGGUUCAAUUCUGAAAUGUGCUAAGCAUCAUGCCAUUGUGGAGGUUAGAAGUGGUAUAG